GUCGACUGCAAAGCGAACGAAAGGCUGCUGCUUCUGUCCGUGCAAUCCUCCUCCUCAUCAUCACGAGUGGACGAACCGUCGCCGCCUUUCCUUCGCAUUCGUGUCCGUUUUGGAGCCGCGGUGAUGUCCGUCGCGGGGUUGAAGAAGCAGUUCCACAAAGCCACGCAGGUACGUCGCCGUGCGCGCGCAUCCUCGCCAGCAAACACGACGCGCCGGGCUGCCUCCAAACGCAGCAUUCCAACACGUUCGUCGACAUUUCCUCACGCUCUUGCAGUUUGUCAAACCGUUUUCAAAGAAUGGGCGUGUGUGGAUGCUGUCUUCUGGGUGGCUGGCACGCGCACGGUGGGAUGUAAUGUUACGUAACAGAAAGGUCUUUGAGACGGCGCCCGUGAUUGGCUGUUGCCGCACACCACAGGGAAUUCCCUCCAUCCUCCAUCACAGCAUCUGUCUCUCGCCAUCGUCCUCAACCCGGCCCAUCCCGACCCAGGACGUCCAUACUUCACCUUUGGCCGUGCCCAAUGGUUUUGUGCGUCCCUGAACCCACCUGCGUCGUGAUCCUGUUUGAGGUCUGCAAGUGGGACAAAUCUCGGCCUGCGCGUGUUUGCGUGAACGUUAGUGCACGGCCGCCGCCGCCAUCAUCAGACACCGGAAACGUGACACCUCGAUCACCUGAGUGAAUCAAAUAUCAGGCGAGAGAAGCUGUACGGUCUUCACCCUGACUUCUUUUUUGUUACGUGCUUUUUUUCGUGAAGAAAAAUAGCACUUUAUUGUAUCAAACCUCGCCUUUUAAAGCUAUAUGCACUCAACAGUCACAGAUACUACAGUAGAGCACGUGGACGGCGACCCCAGUGGACAAAAGUAAUAGCAAAUAGUACAUGGGAUUGUAUUUAAUAAUGCAAAAUCAAUUUUCCUUAGAAUACCCAAGUAUUUUAAUUGAUAGACUACUUGUUUCUAAGAAUAUUCCAAAACUGCAGCCCUACUUGUGAGUUGUUAUGCCAUCUCUUACGCCAUAUUAUUGCCAAAUGACUUUGUUGCCAGGUCACCAUGGUUACCAUCGUCCUGAUGGUGCAGCGGGCUUUAAUUUCACAGCAAGCCCAAAAGGCUUUUGUUUUGGCGGGCUCUUGAAUGUAAGAUACCAAAAUACCCUCCAGCCUAAUUACCUCCCCGCUACCCAGUGUUCAGAGGAUGGUGUCGCCAUGACAACGUGCGAGGGGCAAGCGAGUGCAACUCGCACUGUGGUUGGCUGGUUCAAUAAUUGAUGGCCCUCGAGGGAAUCACACGUGACGUUCGCGCGCGCGCGCGUGUGUUUGUGUGUUUGUGUGUUGACGUUUGCGUCGACUUGCCAUUAAAGUUGACGGGGUGCUCAUCUGUCGCCAUAUAGAAGAUCUCUGCAGUCGUGUUUCCACUUCCUGUCUGAGUGCGUAGACGCGUCUGGAGCGAAUGUGCACGCACGCACACACACGAGGCGGGAAUCGUGGAAUAACUUCCGGAGAUGCUUAUGCGGCGUGAGGAGUGCCCGAGGGCUGCGUCUCCAUGGCAACUGCAUCCUCCAUCCUGUUUGCGCCUUGAUGCUCUUUUGGGUCUUUGCCCUGCUCGUGUGGGAGGAGUCGUGAGUUUUGUUUGUACUCUCUCGUGAGCGAGCGCAGCUUCGUUAUACUCUUCUUCACACUCUUCUUCAAGUUCUUCCUCACUCUUCACACGAUUCUUCACGUUCCUUACACUCUUCUUCAUGCUCUUCUCUAUCCACACACUUUCCUUGACGCUUUUAAUGCUCUUCUUCGCUCAUCAGACUCUUCCUCACUCGCUUCACCCUCUUCGUGCUCUUCCUCACCCCGUUCAUAAACUUCAUCGCGCUCUUCUCCCUCGGCAGAAAGUCAGCGAGAAGGUGGGCGGCGCCGAAGGAACCAAGCUAGACGAUGACUUUAAAGAAAUGGAGAAGAAAGUGGACGUGACAAGCCGAGCGGUUCUGGACAUCAUGACCAAAACCACCGAGUACUUGCAGCCCAACCCGGCCUCCAGAGCCAAACUCAGCAUGAUCAACACUGUGUCCAAAAUCCGCGGCCAGGAGAAGGGUCCUGGGUACCCGCAGGCCGAGUCGGUCCUGGGAGACGCCAUGUUGAAGUUCGGCCGGGAACUCGGGGACGACUCCUGCUUUGGCCUGGCGCUGAUGGACGCGGGCGAGGCGAUGAAGGAGCUGGGCGAGGUGAAGGACGCUCUGGACAUGGAGGUGAAGCAGAACUUCAUCGACCCGCUGCAGAACCUCCAUGACAAAGACCUAAAGGAGAUCCAGCACCACCUGAAGAAGAUGGAAGGUCGCCGCCUGGACUUCGACUACAAGAAGAAGCGUCAGGGCAAGGUGCAGGACGACGAAAUCAAGCAAGCGCUGGAGAAGUUUGACGAGAGCAAGGAGAUCGCCGAGCAGAGCAUGUUCAACCUUCUGGAGAGCGAUAUUGAGCAGGUGAGCCAGCUGGCGGCGCUGGUCCAGGCCCAGUUGGAGUACCACAGUCGCACGGCUCAGAUCCUCCAGCAGCUCUCCGGCAAGAUGGACGACAGGAUAAAGCAAGUGUCCAGUAAGCCCAGGAAGGAGUUUGUUCCCAAACCGCGGAUGACCUUGGAGCUGCUGCCACCCAGUGAGAGCCACAAUGGCGGCCUCCACUCUGCAAAAUCGCCCGGAAGAUCACCAGCCCCGCUGGACCAGCCGUGCUGCCGGGCGCUCUACGACUUUGAGCCGGAGAACGACGGCGAGCUGGGCUUCAAGGAGGGCGACGUCAUCACGCUGACCAAUCAGAUCGACGACAACUGGUACGAGGGGAUGAUCCACGGCCACUCGGGCUUCUUCCCCAUCAACUACGUCGACAUCCUGGUGCCGCUGCCGCAUUAAGGCCCCGCCGCCCGCACGGCCAUCGCCACGGUGCUGUUUUGGCAUCCUCCUCCUCUUCUUCCUCCUCCUGCGUCUUCUUCUGCUUCGUGCGACUACGUCGACGUCGAGGCUGCGGGAGUCGAGGGGAAGAAGAGCGAGCAAAUGACCACAUGAUGAUGUUUGCUGGCUCAGAGCUCCGCGCCGCCGGGCAGCGCCGCUACCGAGUGGGGUCGCCCCCCUGUGUGUGUGUGUGUGCGUGCGUGCGUGUGUGCGUGCAUGUCGUCUUGUUUGCGUCGUUCCUGUCAGGGCGCCGUCGCAUGGCUCUCGCCUCGUCUUCUUUUCCUUCUUCUUACACCACUUCGGGCUGUUUGCAUGAGCUAGCCCUUCUAGUCAAGCAGCAAUGCAUCAUGGGAUCACAGCAAUAAGUUCAAAAGAAAAAGGUUGGCGGUGUCGGGCGGGCUUAGGGGGACACUUCCAAGUCGAGUGUUUUGUGUCGCGAGGCUGCUUGCUGACUUGCUUUCUUUUUUUAUGUGGCUUUUGCAUGCGGGACCGAUUAAUUGAUUGAUCGAUCGAUCGAUCGAUUGAUCGGUGUUACAUGUGUCACGAGGUCACCGUGGUGAAUUGUGAGUGAUUUAGUGGCAAGCGCAGCAGUCGCCGUGGCUUUAUUAAACUUCACAAGUCGGCUGUAUUCAACCCGAGCGGCAACGCAAAGCGCACGAGUGUACCGUGCCGCGCCGUACGUUCCCACGGCGAGGGCGCUCGGUGGCGACCGAUGUGGUCGUCUUGUGCGCAUGCCGGCGUCCUCCGCGUCCGCGAGAGGAACCGGAACAGUGUUCGGCCACCUUAACGGUUCUGUAUUCACUGCCAGCGACGGUCGCUAAUGGCGAAAGUGUUCACAUACUGAGUGAGUAUUUAUCACAGCGGCGGGAAGGAGAAAAGUUCAAAUACUCCCUCACUGUACUUAUGUUAAUUUGUUGUUGUUGUUCACUUCCUACAUUGAAAACGCAGUAGUUAUAACAACAAAGUCAUAAGGUUGUCAAAACACUUAUUACAAUACUACAGUUACUUUUUCUCAACCUCCACAGAAGCCGACAGAACGUAAAAUAAGAUGCAAAUAGAGAUAAGGUCAACUUGAGAUCCUGAUUGAUCGAUCGAUCGAUCGAUUGAUUGAUUGAUUGAAGUCUCACGAGGGGACAGCAGUGACAUUGAGGAACGCGAACCGGGAAGCAGAAAAUGACGGCAGCGGCAGAAUCGAACAGAGAAUUGUUCCAUGUUGUCGACUUUAAGAAUGAUUUGUGGCCUUGCGUCUUGUGCCAGCCUAAAAACCAGCAGCUUCGGGCCUUCAAAAAUUGCCCAUCUCAUCGGAAAAAAAGAACUUAAGUGUAUUUUUUUUCAGUUGUUAUUCAGGAGCUCAUUUCACAUCUUUUGUACCUCAGUUCACAACGUGGGAGCAAGUUGUUUUGCGCUCAUAAAAGUCGAGCUAAUGCUAGCUAGUUUUCGCGAUAGCAUAAAAGUGGAGCCUACGCUUAAGGACACGUCAGUCUGUACUUUUUUACAUCAGUUCAGCAAGUAAAUCAGUACUUCUACGUUCACUGGAGUCUUUUUUCUUUAACACAUGUACUUCGACUUAAGUGUAGAUUGUGAGUACUUUAGCCGCCUCUGAUUUAGCAAAGCACAAGGUGACAUUUUGAAGAAUGAGUGAUCCUGCCAUAUGUAAAAACACAACCACUAUCAAUAUGAACAUCUUUUCACGGCGAGGGCAAUAAGAAUGGAUAUUCCAAUAAACUAAUCCACGUUUGUGGGCUGCAUGCUUUGGUGGCCUGACGCUCUGUCCGAGAGCUUUUUCUUCAUGUUGAUUUUGUCUCCGUCGAUGGCGAUGUGUAUUUUGUCCUCGGUGAGGGACCCGUGCGGCCUUCGCCGUCACGUCACGUCGCGCAGAGUGACGUACUUGAAGAUGUGCGCUGCGGCAUUUUGCCGGCUGGAGCAGAACCGGUGCGAUCGUGUGACCUCGCUUUGCCUCGCGGCUGUACAAAAUAGCCUCACGUCUAACCUGGUGUCUUCUGCCGAGCUACGCGUGUACCUUAUUUAUUGUAUUUAUUUAUUCCUGUCUUAUUUUAAUUUUUUUUUUACACCUGUGGCGUACAUUGGCGACGCGAGGUGGUCCACGCUAGCCAGUGUUACUAACUGUUGCUCUCCUCGUAUUGGAUGACAAUGUUAUAAAAGACCAAUUUGUGUAUAUCUGCUUGUUGUGAACGAGACCUGCAAUGUACUGACAAUAAAGGAUAAACACGA